AGGUUUGUGCGUUGAACCGGAUCCGUACGAAAGCGAUUCCCACAACAGAGAAUAAAUGAAAACUACAACAUUCCAGCACCAUUUUAUUUCGGAAGACGGAGAGCUGAGAUCGGCAGCGAUGGGGAAAUACGUGUACAUGUACACGUCGAGACCAGUAAUCACGGUCAAGUCGAAGGAAACCACACCCAAUGUAGGACGAAUCUCCGUGCUCUUAGGGAUGGUUCUGGUCGUCACUUGCACGACUCUUGCCUUCAUCUGUUCUCCCUUUUCACCUGUGAAUCAAAUGCAAGUACUUCAACAUGCACAUGUGCCCCGGUCCCAUGACAGCGGUGAAGCAGAGUUUGGGCAGAUCGCACCCGCCUACGAGCCCAACCCCAAGAACAUUCUCUACAUUUUCACCGGACGCUGGAGAUACCUUCGAAUCAAUUUUGCUUACAUCUAUCGCAGCCUGCGACAGAAUGGCGGUGUUCUGGACCGGGUCUACUACGUAAUGAUUCAGUACGACGAUCAGACUCUCUCCAAACUGACUGAGUUGACUGACAGUGCCAACAAAUACUUAGGCGAGAAGGUGUUCGAGCUUAAGAUUCGCAAUCCAAACGAAGACACGACGCGUCUACCUAAAGACGUGUUUCCUCAGGUAGCGUACGAAAUUUUGGCGGAAAUAGUAAAAUACCCGGAGAGAAAGUACUUCAAGAUGGACGACGACAUCGUGUACAUCCACCCCGGCGCCUUCAGGCAGCUGAUUGAGCAACAGAACACCUCGGAGUGCUUCCUUCAUUUCGCAAACAUCGGAGGCGCUAACUGGCGAAGUAGCUAUAUCCACCAAGAGAUGGGUGUGUUCGACGACAAGGAAAUCAACCCCAACAAUCUCAGAUUCGAGUUCAAUCCCAAAGGCAACCCUAGGUGUGGUUUCAAAUCUGCGGAAUGUGCGCAGUUGGCAUUGAGGGGAUUCUUGCAUCACUACGAGAACAAAUCAUUGGACAGAUUUCAGUUUGACGGACGUUAUCCGACCACUGAGAGAGGGCGUUACAACAUUAACCUCCUCCUAUUGGAUGUGAACAUCAUCAACUUCAACGCCAUGUUGGACAGUACACCAAUAGGAAACGAUUAUGAGUUUUGGUUGACACAGAAAUACUCGAGUAAAGUCAAGAACCCAAACUGCAUCGUUGGGGGAGCCUUUGUCGUGCAUUUCGCCUACUCCGUAAAUGAGAAGGAAAUUCGAAAACAAAACUUUGCGGAAAAAUUCGAGACCAUCGCAUUUAAUGAUCUUGUCAAAUUCCUACCGGGAGAAUUUCAAAAUAUUCUUGCUCUCAAUGCAACCAGUACGGCUUGACCAUAUCAUGUUAUUCAAUGUUAUUUUUGUUGUAUUUUUUUUAACAGAGGGUUGAUAUAUUCUGUUAAUUGUUAUUUUUUAAUUACAAUUAUUCCUUUUUUUUAAUGGGUAGGGUCACCUUGUUUUAGACAACGGCGCGAAAAGGCUUCUCUUUGCUUAUAUAAAAUACAGAAUUGUGUAAAUUGGAAGUGUGAGCAAAUAAUUAUGUACACAUGUAUUAACAGAAUCACAUUGAAUUGAAACUUUUUUUUCACCACAAGUCAUGAUGCCGAGUCGUGAAGUUUGGUGAAGAUUUUAUAAAAGUGCGAGGAAAUGAAGUAAUCGAAAAAUGUUAAUGUUUGCAUUCUUGGUAAAUUUAACAAUAUUUUGCAGGGCUUUCAUUGGCAAAGCAAGCAGACUCUACAGCAAAUUAUGUAAACAUAUGUAAUUACAGUUUCUUCAGUCACAGUGAUAAGUGUUUGUGCAUUAUCAGUUUUCAGCUAAUUCAUUUAUUUAGGUUUUAGGAGGGAAUUUAUAGUUUUAACAAUAAACUUGUGAUGUCGUGUUGAUACCUAAAUUAUUAUUAAGAAUUAUAGCGCCUUGAGCGCCUUCUUUGAAACGGAUGCGUGAGCUUAUAUUGUUCAGUUAUGAUUUAAACACUGUUGAACUUCAUUAUUGUUAAUGAAAAUGUUCUUUCAAAAUUGAAGAUGACACCCUUUACCUUGUCCAAUGCGAGACUGUUCACACGUCUCGACGUACAUCUACAAUGCAUAAGCGUACCGCCUAAACUAUUCCAAUACAGAGAUCACUAUAUGGCUUACACUGGCAGUUUUACGGAAAUAUCCUUUUUUUAACCCUAACUCCCUGCUGUCUUUUACUAAGUAUACACAGUGUACUGGACCAAGUCCACCAAAAGCCAUCAAUCGCACUGCUUCCAGUGCAUGCUUUGCUUUAGGCCUCCAGGCCCAAGUCCAUCACAUUCCAUCAACCAGACCUGCAUGACCAAGUCUCCAAAAAUCCCCCAAAUAGGGGAUGGAUUUUGAUGGAGUUAGGGCUAAGACACGUACAACUUGUUCACAUCGGAUGCAUUAAUUGAAUCGACAAUUGGCACACUAAUCGAGAUACUAUUUUGAGUCUUUUUUUCAACGAAUGAAAUACUCCACUGAAGAGCCCACAUUUAGACAAGUAUGAUGCUGGUUAAUUACAAAGCUAGUUUCAUAUGCGUAAUCAAUAAUGACGAAAAACAGAGCUAAAUAAACGAAGCAUGCAAUCAUGGCCUGCAAUCCGGCGCUGAAAGAGGUUUUAUGAGUUAGGUUGUAAUGUUUGUACAACUUGUAUUUUUCCGCAUUAUGAACAACACCGAAUUAAAGUCUUUUCUGCAGGAGUAA